AUCGACAUCAUUCGAUGUCAUUCUCUGCGCUCUUGUGCGAACGUUUUUAAAGAACACAUCAUUAUUUACAAUAUGAACUAUUCUGCUUAAGAAAAAAAAUAGCUGUAUUGUUCCUACAAGAAAUUAUAGAAUAAGUUUUAGGUAUUUUUAUUGAAUUAAAAUGUUAUUAAUGAAAAAUGGCGAUCAUUUCUUUAUUCCGGUGUGUACACUACUCAUCGUCGUCGGCUACCACGCAACUACAGGUAAACCUUUAUGCAUAAUAUAAUCAUCUACAUAAAUAACACAGUUUUUCUUAAACGUAGGGUUGAUAACACGGUCAAUAAUAAAUAUAUUAUUUAAUAAAUUUCCAAUUUUAAUAAAAGUCCGAGUAGUAUUUUCUGUUUUUAUGUAUACAGCGAUUGGUGCAAUAAGUUGAUUUAUUGAAGUUUUAGUCUAUAUUAAUUUGACUUUUAAUGCCAAAUGUUAUCAUUUAAUUUUAUCUCAUGUAGCUAUUAUAUCAUAUACUUUAUGUAACAUCUUCUAUUAAGGUAUUUUGAUUUCCAGCAAAAAUUUGGAAUUUAAUUUUUAAAUCAGUUAAAAUUAACUUAAUUAACUAGUUUGAGGAAUAAACUUUUGGCUUAAUGUAGGUUGAGAACGAAUUACAUUUAACUUAAACUAACCGUGUCUGUAUUCACCCGAAUUAACGAGUUAUGAAAAUUGUCGACAUGCUCCUUGCUUAAUCGUAUCAAUAUUUUAUUAAAUACAAGUACUUUUCAAAGUUUGUCAGUAGCUAAUUAAAAAGUUAAAGUUAUAAGAAAUUAAUUUUCGUGUGAACGCUUUCCAAACCAAAAUCCAAUGACACUAUUUCAAAAAAAUAAAAACAAUACAAACAUUUUACUAUUUUGGUUAACGGUACUUUUAUAUCCAUAUUAUCAUGGGCCUAAAAUAUUUCAAAGUUUCUCGGUGCAGUGUUAGAGUAAAAUACGGAAGAUCGCCGCUCACAAAACGACCGACCUCCAAAGAAACUGAAGUUGUUUACUCGGUUAUUUUGUAUAAUAUGUGUGUACACUGUACAUUUUUCGCCUCAGUAAGUAAGUACACUCAACUAGCACUGUACUGUAUACGCUUAACCGUCUUUUCAAUUAAGCGCCACAGUCCUGGUUCCGAAGUCGAAGGUAACGGUUAAUAAGGUUCUAAUAACUGUAUACAGUUAUAAUAUAAUAUAAUAUUUUUUUAAAACUUUUACUACACACAUAUUUCCAUACCUAAACCUAUUGACACGUGCGGUAAAUUGUGUUCCGAUUUUACAUACCUACCGGCUAUUGCUUAGAGAUUUAAGAAUAUUAUCCCGGAUUUUUACGACCCUCACUUGCGACACGCUUACUGUUGUUCGAUAAGCCGGUGUAAUAAAAGCUCGUGAUGUUAGUAUCGUACAUUUACCUACUUAUAUAUAUAUAUACCUACUGCAAAAUUAUCAUUAAAUUUGAUAUUUAUUAUACGUACAAUUUUCCAGGUGAACUCAUAAGGAUCAAACUCAAAAAAGAUACGGAACGGGUAAAUAUUAUAAUACCUAUAUUCGAUGUCUAUCGUACAUUGAUGUCGGUCCUGAUUAUUAUAAUGAUAAACAUCGAUCGUUUUAGAGUUUCAAAGUAUGCGACCAAUACACAGAAUGUGUGUCGGGUUUUGAAUAUUGUGAUAAUAAUUCGGCAUCAGAAAAUCUACAAAAAUGCGAUGUGGACCACGAAUCGUGAGUAUACCCAUAUUAUUAUGUUAAAAUUGUUAAUUCCGUAUUCGAUUAGUAUUUAAUUAAUAAGUUAUUAUUAUUAUUAUUAUUAUUAUUCAUAAGAUGAAAACAAAUUCUAUUAGGCCGAACUAGAGUUGUAAACCGUCUACAUUUAGAGGCCAGGGGGACUGUUUUAUAUUUGUUUGAUUUGUCCUACGUCUAACAACGUAUUCUACAUUUUAAUACAUAGACCUCAUUGUUCAAAAAAAAAAAAACAAAUAAAAAUAUAUAUAUUUUUUUGAUAUAUUUCUAUUAUAAAAUAGAAAAAAUCAGUAACAAAAAGUUGGAGAUUUCUUCUUUUUUUUUUUUGGUCAACAAUAUUUUAUAUUUAAAUAGUCUGAAUUGGCAACCUUACCAGGCCAAACGAUUACAAACGAUGUGGUUUUCUUUGUACCUAUACAUGUUUAAACUUUGACGCUAAUUUGGGACAGGUUAUAAUAGUAUAUAUCCAAAACAAAUUUAGUAAUUUAUAAACUCUUUCAAACCUUAAAUUAUUAUACCUAUUAUGUCAUACACUGCACGCGCAUCGUAUACAGCUGAUUUUGUAUUUGUACACGGUGUUUAAACUAGUUAAUACAAAUUAACAUUUAAACUGCAAUAAUAUUAUAACUGUAUAAAUUUAUUUACUAAAACGUAAUAUGUAAUAUAUAUUGUUGCUAUUUUUCAUUAUCUGUGUAUUUUUCAUGAAUGUAAUUUAACAAUUGAGUUGAAUUGUGUGUAGAUAAAUUUCUUUUGUUAAUUUUUUUGACAUAUAAUAAUAAUGCUAAAACAAUUUUUGUCGCGAGCUGAAAUUUAUUUUUACGAACCUACAAAAAUGUCUUGUUUGUUUAAUGUACACGAGCUGUUUUUAUCAGUGUUUAUCUUUAUUUCAGUAUACCUUACUUGCCCAUAUAAUAUACGGAUAGGUAAUAUUUUUAAUAUAAUUUUGUACCGUUGAAAAAAAAAAAUAUCUGAAUUACAAUAAACGCGUCACCGUUUAUUCGUGAAAUAAAUUACAAUGACUAUGUCACGCGUCCUUGUUUUCAAGGCACUAAAUGCGCCUAAAAGUCAUUGUUCUAAUGGCGAAAUGUAAUUAAAAAAAUAUUUCAACGCUAUAUACAGUAUAAUAUUGUUAUGACGAUAUUAUAUUAAAAAUCUUUGUAUCAUGUAUUAUUACAAUACAAUAUAUAGGUUGGCAUAAUAAUAAUACGCUCUGUGAACUACUCUAUACAAGUUUAAACGAGACUUAAAUCGUGGUUAACAAUCAGUACGGACUAACAAAGAUCACUGUCGAAUAAAUGUAUUAUUUAGAAUUUUAGACACGCAGUAAUAACGGGAAUGUGCAACAGCAAAUUGAAAGAAAAUGGUUUGCAUAUUUUGUUUAAUCUUAGGUCAUGUUUAGGCAGCAUAGUAUGGAAUUCAAAUUUGAUAAAAACAUUAAUAUUACUAUAUGUGCGGUAAAAAAUAUUAGAUAUUUUAAGAGGAGUUUUGCCCCCCCUCACCCACCCGCGGUUCGUGAAUCGUGGUAAUUUUUCGCACUCCCCCCCCCAAUUUUUUACCAAGUGCUGUUUAUGGCUACUAUUGUCAUCUGUACUUUAGAUAUUAAAAUAUUAGGUAAUUGUAGUUUAUUUUAUUUACAAAAUGUAUACAAUUUCGAAAUAAGUUUCAACGAAUGAAUUAUUAUUCGCUAGAAAUAUUUAGACGUUAAAACGGUGAAAAUACAAGUUUUUAUUGUUCACAAUACGAACCAUUAAUAUUGUCAUGCGAUAUUGUGCGUGACUGAUACAAAAUAAAAUGAUUUUUUCUGUGCUAUUGAAAUAGCACAAGUACAAAAACAAAUGUUUAAUACUAUACAGUACUAAAAAUUUGUUUUUUAUUGUAAUAUAUUAUGUAUGCAGGGUAUAGCAGGACUCGGAAGUUAUAGGAGGUAAAUUUGGCAAUAUAUGCAUGCAAAUAUACAUACAAUAAAUCAAAAUAUGCACGCAAAUAAAUUAAAAAUAUUCCAAAAAUAUAAUGAAUAUUAAAAAAAUAAUAAAUAAAUAUACGUAAAAUAAUAAUACAUAAUACGCGUAUGAAAAUCAAUGAAAAUCGAUGAAAUGUCGAAUUUUCCCAUACAUUUUUCAAACUCGCCUGCGUCGUAAGGAACGGGUUUCUAAAUCGGUCCGUAAUAUAAACCGAGAGAGCACACAGACAAAUAUGCAACUGCCCUAUAACUCCCGACUGUGAAUUCCGAGACCCAUAAGUUAUACACAUAACACUGUACAAUGUACACGCUGUAUUCGUUAAUAUUAUGUACGUUUUUACAAUAAGGUCGACCAGUUUCUGUUGUCCCGUCGAUAAAGUCGUACGUGCGAAACGAGAGAGGAGAAUGACCGCCGUCGCCGACGACGACGAAUCCGACUUGGACAAAGUUCUAGACAGAGCGGCGCCGGAACCCAUCAAACCGUUGCCGGAAGAACCGGAAUGCGGAGUGAACACAAAGUCGAUAUCGAAAGUCGCGUCCGUGCAAAACGCAGAUGCCAGCGAUUGGCCUUGGAUGGCCGUGUUUCUGGAGACUACGUACUAUAUGAACUUUUGCGGCGGCGCGCUGCUCAAUCGGCGAUUUGUAUUGACCGCGGCUCAUUGUUUUAAAAAGUACGCACAACAUUGAUUUAUUUUUUACGUUAAUUCAGACGCUUAUAUCACAGUACUAUUUUUUUUUUUCAAUCAUCAUCCAGCGACCACAAUAAUAAAAUAUCUCCGCAAAUUUUGCGUAAAAUCGAUUUUGUUUGUUUUUUUUUUUUUUUCAGUCGUUACUGAAUCCUAAAAUGAUCUUGCGUGUAUAAUAUUUUCAUACUAUUACCAUUAUUCUGUACCGUUUAAAACACACGUUGAUUUUUGGUUUUCUAAUUGCAAUAUUCCCGCUCCCUUUUCAAACCACAUUCGAAAAAAACAUAUUUUCCAUAAUGUUUGAUUUGUUUACAAUUUAUCGUAUAUAAAUUAUUCAAGUUUAAAAUUUGGAACGGGGGAUUAGCGAGGGGCUAUUAUCUAAAAAUGGAUCUAUUAAUUAUCCUUUCCUACAACUCCCCCGGGAUGAUUAAUUUUUAUAAUUCUAUAAAUGACAAGUACAAGAAUAGCGUUAUUAUGGUGCAUCAAAAUGUCUUGAAAACUUUGUUUUUCUAGUGCGUUUUUGUAAUAAAGAGGAGGAGAAUGUCAUUUAAAAAUAGUAUUAGAAUGACGGAUUUAACACAGUAUAUGAUACAUAAAUCACAAUAUGAUUGAGAAACCCUAAAAUCAAUUUAACCAAAAAUUUAUGUAGGUUAUUAAUUAUUGUCGUUGGAUCGUGAUAAAAAAAAAUUAUCCUGUAUAUGAAUACAGAAAAAGUCAUUAGACGGAGGUGAAAAAUAAAAAAAAAAAUUAACAAUCAUGGUUUACACGAAAUAUCAAUUUAUAUAAUAUGGAAACGACCGUCGGUGCAGUAAUACAGCCAAACUGUCAAACAAGAAUUGUACUUAAUUAAAAUACUCUAUCGACUGUCCAUUAGUUGGUGUACUUAGGCACUACCCUCGUCUCGCAAAAGUACCCCCGGAUCGUAGAAAAUUCAACGCCGUCUUAUAGCGACAGUCUACAUAUUAUAUAUAUCUGUCUAUCUGUCUGCCUCGAGAAGGUCUGUGAUGUUAUAUUAUAUAGGAUUUAGUAGUUUUUCCCACUGUCCAAACAACGAUUUCCGCUCGUAUUCCUACUAUAAAUGAACCAUCUCGACCCACAGAUUAUUAUUAUAUCAUUACUAUGACCCAGUACUGCAGCAUUGCCUUAAUUUGUUUGCUUGACAUUACAUCUACCAGAGUACUCGAGUUCAAAUAAUAAAUUUAAAAGUAUUUUUUUUUUUCACUUCGAUAAUUUAAAAAAUGCUUUUUAUUCAUUUUAUUCUGCUUUUUGAGAAAUACCCAACUUAACGUUAGUAAUUACUAGUGUUACUAGUGAUGUAGGACAAGUAUUUAUAUGAAAACAUUUAAAUAUAAAUAUGCACUAAAAACACAAAAAAGUAAUGAAAAAAAUCAUAUUGAAAAUGGUUUAAGAAUAUACGAAAGCCUUAAACAUGUUCUAAACAUUUACGAAAUCCGUCUCAAAAAUAUAAUAUAUUCUGUAAGUAACAGAUUGCAUUUAUCGAGUAUAACUACACGCGAUCGCAUCAUUAUAUUAUGCUGCUCUAUAGCACUGACAAUACGAACACGUACAUUAUUGAUUUCGAUUAUCUGUAGCUAAACAAUAAUAUUAUUAUUAUUAUCAUCUUAUUUUAAUAUCAUCGGGUAUAUUUCAUUUUAGCUUCGUAAAUCAAAAUUUAUGGAAACACCAAGGAAGAUUUUAAUCGUUUUCGUGUGCACCCAAAAACAGUAUGCUAAUCUAUUCUGAUAUUUAUGAUUUUCACGUACAUUCGAGUCGACCGGAGUAUGUAAUUAAAGUGUAUCGAUUCUCUUAUAAAACGACGGUACCUAUAUAAUAAUAUAACUUACUGUAAGUAAAGUUGUAAUCGUCUAUAAAAUAUAUACGUAUACGAAUAUAUAUAUAUAUAUAUAUAUAUGUUACCGUUAAUGUCGGGAAUUCAGGAAGUGUAUACAAUGACUAGGAUUCGGAAGUUAUAGGAACUAAAACAGGCGAAAUAUACACGAAAAAGUUAUAAAAUAUGCAUGAAAAAAAUGUAAUAUAUACAACAAAAAAAAAAAUAUUUAUUUAUUUAAUAAAAGUUUAUUAGUUAUUACUUAUUACUUAUUUAUUAAAAUACACAAAAAAAAAAAAAAAAUUGUAUUAUUGAAAACUAAAAUAAUGCGCGUAGCCGAUUGGCAUUUGACAUUAAUUAUUUUAGGAUAAAUAACUUUAAUAGUGUCGUCUGCUUUUUUCAUCUAAGAUGCUGCAUAGGACAAAAAUAAUAAUACGUCAUUGUGACACCGUUAGUAUAUAAUAAAAACGUGAUAUUAUCAUGUAAUUUAGUAAUGGUGAACAAUUUGGCCUUUUUAAGUACUUCUUUUGUUAGAAGAAAAAUUUUCCCAGGACUAUCUGACAAUAAAGUUCCAAGUACAAUCAUGUUUGCAAUAUACUUUCCUCCACAUCAGUUAUUUCGUCGAUUAAAACCAAUAUUUUUUGCCCUGUAAUAUGUUGCUCUAUUUCAAUCAUACAUUCGUCGUGGCAAUCAUCAAUGUAUGUUUUCCUUAAAGUACUUUCACUAGGUACAGCGUUAAAAGUGUAUUUCUCAAUAAACUUUUGGAAUUCUGUGUUAGAAAUUGUAUAAACAGGAAUAGUUGCUGCCAUCAAUGCCUUGCACAAAUCUUUAGAAAAAGCUGACUAUUUGUUACAUUCAGUAAAAAGUUGUUGAGUACAUGAAGAUGACUUGCUGGCCUUUAGACGAACUGCUAACAUUUGAUGUUUAUUUGUGUUGCAUGACCGUAAACGUAUUUUAUGCCAUCACUUUAACUGCGCAAACUUUACAAAACAGAAUAUCACUGUCAGACGAAAAUACGUCUCCGUAUUCUCUUAAAUGUUUUUGUAAAUUAAUGUUUUUUUACUUUUUGAUAAAAUAAAAUAUUACUAUAAAGUCUGGCACGUGUAUACCUACUGUACAGAGUAUAAUAUUGAACAAAUACGCACUACAAAUAUUAAAGAUAUGACAGAAUACACUACACGUGUUGUCUAGAACACAACUGACAAAUUUCAGUCUCAUUCACGAUAUGAUAGUAUUUUGGCAAUGUGAACCGCGUGAAUAUCGUUAAAUUAAUAGUAAACGAUAAGAAAUAACAAUAAAUAACUACGAAAAAUAAUAUUGAGUUUUAUACGAUGCUCGUUUUCCGAGUUAUUAGCGUUUUAUUACAUAAAAAUACAUUUAAAAUAAAUAAAUUAAAAAUGAAAAAAAAAAAUUAUUUUAGAAAAUUUUAAAUAUAAAUAUAAAUAUACAAAAAUAAAUGAAAAUCAACGAAGUAUCCACUUUUUUUUCCAAAAUUAACGAAAUAUGCAAAAUAUGCAUUUUUAAUUUUCAAUUUUUAAAAUUAACAUUGUAUAGCUCGGUCUGCUAUAAAUCGAGAGCAUACAGAACAGUAUACAUCUCCUAUAACUUCCGAGCCCUAGUAAUAACUAUAGGUGAUGUCAGUACUAACGAUGCAAACCCGUCAUUGUGGACAAUCGGUGUAUAUCAGGUAUCGACGUUUAGUCAUUGUCAUUUGCGGUAUUUCCUAAACUGCUUAUCGAUUUUUCGCUUAUAAAAUUGUCUAAUUUAUUUUAUCGUAUCUUCAUAUUUUGGUUUAUAAUAUUUUAUUUAAUGUUAUAACAAAAUAAAUUAUAUUGCACACUCUCGUUAAAAAACUCCAAAAUGAUUUUGAUACGCCUGGUUAAAAGAAAAAUCCUGAAGAUAAUAAAAACUUUUGUAAAUAACGACAUGAUUCGUGGAAAAAAAAGAUCGACUAAUUAAGAGUGUAAAAAAACACACAUUAGAAGUCCUUUAUCACGUAACUAACAAGGAUUUGUUUGAUAAUUUUAAUACAAGUCAUGCCACUAUUCGCCAUGAUGGUUGAGAUGAUAUCUGAUCUUAAAAAUAAGAAAUCGCAAUAUCACAAAAAAAGCCAUUAUGAUAACUUUUUAGAAAUAUCAACCAAAUCAAUCAUUGACAAUAACGACUAGGCAUUACUAAUGCAUGACAAGAACUAACGAAAAUACAACCAAAAUAGUAUCAACGAUCGACGUUUUUUGUUAGUUUUUACUUUUUUAGAAAAACACUUUGGGAAUCUAAGAUAAAUUGUUCAAAUAAAUAGAGUAUGUGCACCGGGCGAAAAAUCCGAAACUUUAAGGUAAUUUGUAAUAAGUGAUAAUUUUUUUACUAACCGAAAAAGGAUUUUCCAAAAACAUAUUUUAUUAUGUUCUUAGCUGAAUUCAUUAACACUCAGAAUCUAAAAGUAUAAACAUCAAUCACAAUUAUUGUCUAUUUGAGGUUUCAAAAAUGACAUCAAUAUAUUUCAUUGAUACCGAAUCCAUCAGGUCCGUCUCUGUCUUUGCGUAUAAUUUUGACUCUUCUGCAGGUACGACAAACAGCAUUUCGUCGUCAGACUCGGCGAAUACGAUUUCACCACCAACAACGAGACGCAAUACAUCGAUUAUAGAGUAACGGAUAUAAGAACGCACCCGGACUACGAUCAGGCUACGCACGGCAAUGACAUAGCUUUGGUGCGGUUAAAAAGUCCGACGGUUUAUAAUUCAUUCAUCAGGCCGAUCUGUUUGCCUAAAACAAACUUGGAGGUUUACAACAAACUCGCUGUUGUGGCUGGUAAGAAAAAUGAUUUUUUCACGGGUAUUGACGGUCCGUUUCGUUUAAUCUAUUUCGAUUUGAAACGUAUCCAUAUUAGUAGGAAUUUUCUAUGCGUUUGUUCGUCAUUAUUGUUACGCGUUAUAAUAAUAUAUUUUCAGGUUGGGGACAAACCGUAUUCGGUGGCCAAGUCAGUAAUGUCCUCCAAGAAGUGGUGAUACCGAUAUGGGAACACGACCAAUGUGUUUCGGCUUUUUCGCAACCGAUUUUCAAGACGAACCUGUGCGCCGCGUCUUACGAUGGCGGCAAAGAUUCCUGUUUGGUGGGUAUUUCGUACAAAAUAAUUACAACGAUUAUUAUUCCUUUAACGCAUAUUGUUACAGUUUUGAUUUUUUUUUUCUGGAUUAUUUAGGGCGAUUCGGGUGGCCCGUUACAAAUACAAAGACAGGACGGUAAGUGGACUAACGUCGGGAUAGUGUCCUGGGGCAUUAGUUGCGGAGAACUCGGAAUACCCGGUGUUUAUACCAAAGUCACGUCGUACCUAAAAUGGAUAGCCGUGAACGCGCAAGACAUCGUUUGACCGGUCGAAGAUACACACAUGUAGAUAGCUAAUGUUAACGUGUAAUUAAUUUAUAAAUAUAUUGUUUAUUUUCCGACCGUGGUGAACACGUAAGACUCGCGUAUAUUAUAAAUAUGUUCGCAUAUAGGAUACAUAUAUAUACUAGUAUGUCCUUAUAGUAAAUGCAAAUACAGUAAAAAUUAUAUUCAAGAUAUAUUCCAGUAGUUUUUAUCGACUGUACCUUUACAGUUUUGGACAAGGAUUGCGGUUACAGCUUGGGCUUUGAUUGGUGGUUGUGUAACUUAGUUUAUAUUUUUUCCCUGUUGCCGUUUAAGGAAGCCCCAUGCCAGGCAACUGCUUUUUUUCAUAUCAAGCCGUUCAGUGGUUUUAAUCCAUCUUUGCCUUCAUCUUGCAUUGUUCAAAGAAGCUAUGAGUUUCCUCCCGUUCUUUGUAGUUUGGUCAUGGGUGAAAUCUUUAUAUAGUUUUUCUGACUCCUUGUUCCAACCAAGUAAAUAACGUAUGCUUCUUUUAGCUGAUUUCUCCAUGAGCCCUGAAAAAUGUGACAAACAGCAAGGAGAUUUCGGAAUACGGUUAAUGUUCUUCUCUAUAUAGUAAUUGAACUCUUUCCAAUCAGUUUUUCGAAAAUUUCAUCUCGGAAUUGGGCAGGAGGAGAUUAAGUGUAGAGUAAAGCCGGUUUUAAUUAUAAUGACCUUAUGUUGGCUAUUGGGAAAUGCUCCUAGACUGAACUCUUUGCAGGGAAUGAUAAGCCGUCUUCAUCGAUAGUAACCAUUUUCAAAUCCGGAUUAUAGCCCACUCUCCAUCUAGCUGACCAAAAAGUUGGGGGGCCCUUUAGGUCUUGUAGUAAGUAUAAAUCAGAUGAUGAAAUCCAGUCUUGGAGUGUUUGACCAGAUUCAUCAAUUUCAGCGUAUCCCCAGGUGGUAUUAUGGCUAUUGAAGUCUCCAGUGACCAAAAUAGGCUUAUCAACUGAUGGUAGUGCGAUACUUUCCUACUUUGCAUUUGGUGGUUUGUAAAUGUUAUACUACUUGAAUGAUUUAAAAACUCUCAGUUUCGAAUUGUAUGUAGAUAAUCAUGUCAUACUUAUUAUGGAGGCGGGAGCACGCAAGUUUAAAACCGGUGAUUUUAUAGCUGUUUAUGUUACAAUUAGAUGAGAUGUGAGUUUAUUGAAGUGAGAAAAUGGUUGCAUUUUUAUCUCCAGUGAGUUUUUGUAAAUACUCAUAGUUUGCUUUAGUUAAUCCCUCAACGUUAAUUUUAAGUAUGGUUAUAUUGUUGUUUAACUUGUUUUUACAGUCAGAGUGACUUGCAUCAUUAUCCAAGCCCUUAGAAGGGCUGUUUAGAAGAGGCUACAGACCUUCUUUGUCUACUGUAUUUGCAUUCAUAUCGUGUGAUUACAAGAUGUAAUGGACGAUGGACAGGGUAUUGGCUAUUAAUUGACUUAUAUAUUUUGCGUAGAGAAAAUAAUGCGAGUGACAGGAGCGGUCACGAGAAGGCUGCCAACAUACACCCUCAUUGGAUAAAUGUAACCAAGUCUUACCGAACACUAUCUAAUAACGCAGAAAUUCGCUUCAGCAGCCAAAGGACCAUUAUUAUUAUUAUUAUUGUGUUAAUAAUUACAUAUUUCGAGAUAUUUUUCUAAAUUAUGGCGUAUUCAGACGGUUUCUUUUUUUUUUAAUUGUGUGCUCACGUGUCGUGUACAUUAUUUUUUAAAUUCAUUUUUUUCCCCAUGUUUGGGCGUUUUCCAGUACAUGAAUUUACGAGUAAUGGUCAUGAACAUGACGGUAAAACAUAGCGUUCUAACCAAUUAUUGUAUAUUAUACAUAUUAUAUAUACAUCAUGGUUCAUUGUACUAGC